AAACUUCCAUGCCUCCUGAAAUUUGCCACCAGUACAUCUGAUGCCCGCCUCCUACUUUUUUCUUCCUUCUUUUUUUUCUUUUAAGACUUUUUCACUGUUCACUACCUGUGCAUAUUCUAUGUACUGUUCAUGCAAUUUUGAUUACAUUUUUUGAUGAGUUCUAGUGCACCUAUGCAUUGUAUACAAUAAGUUCGUUAUUAUUAUUAUUAUUAUUUCAGCUGCCUUAAUAGUUGGCAUCCUUUGAAGGCCAAGAGUAGCAAGGGCACUUUUGUUUUGCUAUGCAUGCUAAAAUUAUCACCACAUUUAUUCCAUUUUAGAUGGAGAGUACUUUCUGUAGUGUAUGGGCUGUACCCAUCAAGGUUAUCUUUUGUAGUUCGCGGAGAUUGGAGUUACCAAACAAUGACACACACACACACACACACACAUAUAUGACAGGUUUCUUUCAGUUUCAAUCUACCAAAUCUAGUCUCACUGUGUGGUACCUUGGGCAAGUGUCUUCUACUAUAGACUUGGGCCAACCAAAGCCUUGUGAGUGGAUUUAAUAGACAGAAACUGAAAGAAGCCUGUUGUAUAUAUACAUAUGUGUGUCUGUGUUGUCUUCCAUCACCACUUGACUACUGGUGUUUUUAUGUCCUCGUAACUUCACAGUUCAGCAAGAGAAUGAUGGAAUAAGUCCCAGACGUGAAUAAAAAUAAGUACUGGGGUUGAUUCGUCAGACUAAAGUUCUUCAAGGCAGUGCCCCAACAUGGCCACAGUCUAAUAAGGAAACAGGUAAAAGAUAAAAGCUAUGUGCAUGUGUGUGUGUCUUUUUGUCUUACAUUCAUGCAAGAGUUGUAAACAAGAGGAGUGGUAAGUAGCUUGUUUACCAACCACAUGGUUCUGGGUUCAGUCCCACUGCGUGGCACCUUGGGCAAGUGUCUUCUACUAUAGCCUCGGGCCGACCAAAGCCUUGUGAGUGGAUUUGGUAGACGGAAACUGAAAGAAGCCCGUUGUAUCUAUGUAUAUAUAUAUAUGUAUGUUUGUGUGUCUGUGUUUGUCCCCCAACAUCGCUUGACAACCGAUGCUGGUGUGUUUACGUCCCCGUAACUUAGCGGUUCGGCAAAAAGAGACCGAUAGAAUAAGUACUAGGUUAACAAAGAAUAAGUCCUGGGGUCGACUUGCUCGACUAAAGGCGGUGCUCCAGCAUGGCUGCAGUCAAAUGACUAAAACAAGUAAAAGACUAAAAGUGACACCAUCAUACAAGCAGUGUCUUUCAUUUCCAGUCUCCCAGGUAAACCUGUUCACCAGAAUAGAAUUGUAAUCAAAGUGGAUCCAUAGAUUAAAAAAAAUGGUUGAGGACCCCUGCUCUAAGUUAUAAAAACUAGCUGCAACCGAUGUUAUUUACUGUCUUACGGGAACCUUUAGGUUAUAGGACCAGACCACACUCUAGUAGGGAAAGGAAAGAAGGAAGUCCUGCACACAUUACAUUUAAAAGACGGGGUGGUUGUUGUUAGAAUGACUUAGUUCAUAGGACUGCUCGGUUACAAUUGACCUAGGGUUAAAGAACACCAACAAUGAAAUAAUGAUUAAAUAAAUAAAUAAAACGAGCUAAAAUAAAGGGAAAUAACUGCUGUCUGACUAUUAGUCCAGCCAUUGUGGUCCGUUGAGGCGAAGAAAACUUGUAAAGUGGACAAUUUUAAACUGACAAAUUAUUUGUAGUUCGUUCACGAUGGAGGGAAAACUUAGAUGAAAUACAUCUUAAAAAUUUUAUCUGUUGCAGUCAGAAAUUUACGGUUGUUACAGUCUCUGGGUAAAACAACUCAAGAAUUCAUAACUGUGAAAUAUUAACAAAUGGCUGCUAUAAACUCCAGUGACAUUUCUCUGUCAGAUAUUGUCCGAAUUGUCUCAUCACUGUCUGAUAUCUGUGCAAGCUCUAUAGGUCCUAUGUGUGAGAAGACUCUUUUCACAACUUCUACUGGAUUGGUGCAGUUUGUCACUAAUGGCAUUGACAUUCUUAAUGCUUUGCAGUUUUCCCAUCCAGUUGCAAAGUUUGUGGUAAGUUCUCUUCAACAUGUACAUUCUGUGACGGGAGAUGGCAGCAAAUUAUUUAUUCUUUACAUCACUGAAUUAACACGGUUUGUUGAACUGCGAGUGAACUCUUCUUCUCAGACAAACGGUACUCAGUUCAGAGAAAAUAUUCGUAGAAUAUCUCAGGGAUUAAGAAACUUUAAGCGUCUAAUAAUGGAAUUUGAGUUCAGAAAUCGUUUAUCUCCUUUCAGUUCUAUCAAUUCUUCCAACUUUUUACUAAGCUGUUGCCAUCUGAAACAAGUUUGUAAAUCAGUUUUAUUGAGUUCUUUGUCUGACAAAGAAUCAGUUUAUUUCUCGUCUCUACUCAUUGAUUUUCUUAGUUACGGUGUUGAAUGUACUGAUUCCUUACAUCAAGCCAUUGACUUUACUAUUAAACACUUUGAUGUAUUAAUUCACAAAGAUAUUGGUCAUUGUUACAGUUCUUCAAAGGUUCUACCUGGAAUACUCAUACCAUGUGAAGGAACAUUAUCCCAUGAUCUAUCAUCUUCCAAAGAGGAAAUUGUAUCAGUCAUUUUGCAGAAUUUCUUAACAUCUGAUGAAGAUGCAGAAACAACAGAAGCCACGUUUACAAUAACAGAGUUUUAUGAGUUCAGUUCCUUACUUGCCUUCCAAUAUCACCAAUGUGAGGCCUUCAUCAAACAAUGUACACUAAACAAUGUAAAACUAGUUUGCUGCUGUCAUGAGAUUCCAAAAUUUGCUGAAACUUUGUUCCAGCAACAUGGCAUUUAUACUAUUUCUUACUUUCCUGAAGAAUUCUGUGAGUAUUUUCAAACUGUAGCCAAAAAGCAACCUCUUUCAUGUAUUAGAGAUUCUCUCUGUGAUAGUUCACUAGUUUCAUUUGGUUUACAUAAAAGGAUUGUCAUAAAUGGUUCCACGUAUCUUCAAAUGACGCUGCUAUCUUGCCCACUUUUGGUAAAUGUCUCUUCCAGUCUUAUACUCACAGCACCAACGUUAGGUAUGGUUCACAGCUUAUCCCAACAGAUCUUUAAAUGUUUGAAAUCUCUUAGAAUGUGCUUCGAAACAUUUCAAAUUCUGCCAUUUGAUCAUGAAAGUAUUACUAAUGAAAACCUUACUGUAACAGCGCCAACCCCUUCUUCAAAUAUCUUUACCAUUCCUGCAAUGACUUUCCAAACCAAAAUGUUGCAAUAUAGUCAGGAAAGAACUUUUAAGAAUAUAUCUCAUGAUGAUGGUGAUGGUGAUAUUCCAUGGGAAAUUCUUGGUGAUACAUUUAGAUGUGUCUGCAGGAAAGUCUGUACAUCACAAAAAUUUAGUCCAAUUCAAAUUCAGAAUUGCUUACCCGAGCCUGAUGACAUAAAAAUGAAUAACAAUAAUUCUGAGGAAUUCUACAAAGACGGAAGCUGGUUACCAUUAUACACAGAGUUUUAUAUCCUGCAUGCUUCACUCCAAGUGGUGAUUCAGCUUUUAAAUAUGGACCAAAUAGUCAAAGUGAAAAGCAUUAAAAAAAAUGUUUGAUUUGAAAAAUGAGUGCUGACACACUUAACGCAGGGAGGAUGACAACUUGAACUAAACAAGACCAGCUGUAUCAAUGAAGUAAAUGUCGAACAAUGCAAAAGUCAAAUCAGCCAAACAAAAGCAAGGAAGAAAAGGGAAAAAAAUUGUUUGAAAUGGAUUCAAACAAUGUGGAGAACGUGACAACUUGAAUUAAACAAGACUACACCUGUAUGAGGCGAGGAACUAGACAAGACUACGCCUAUAUUGAGUGAUGUAAACAGAACAAGGUAGAAGUCAAACCAACCUAACAAAAGCAAGGGAGAUAGUUUAAAGUAAAUAAUUUUUUUUUUAAUUGGAUUGACCCAAAAGUGUUUCGAUUUUGUAUUUGGUUUGCAAGAUUCCUGACGUGAAAUCGUGUGUUGAAAUAUAUUUAAUUGCAUCUCAGAACCAUCGUUAUGCUAAUAAUAAAUACAUGCACCGGU